GCUCUUAUGUGAGCGUUUGAUUACAUAUGCGGGUGUGAUACUACGAGGCUCGGAGUGGAAUUAAAAAAUAAACCUCAAAAUCUUCAACAUUCAACUGUGAUUUAACUACAGGCCGCUUGCUGUUAAAUUGAAAAUAAAUACGAAACAAAUAUUAAAGGCUUGUUCCACCACUAUCUGAUAAAAUAUCGUACUUUAAUCUCACAGAUAAAUUAUAGCCAGUAAUAUAGCUAAUAACGUGUGUAUCGUAAAAAACCCGUUUCCUGCAACUCAUAAGAGGAAAAUCGUGAAAAGGGACGAAAUUGUGUAACUGGAAACUGUGAAAGCGACCGUUGUUUGAGUUAUGGAGAAAACACACAAAAUAAUCAUAGACAAUGACGCGGGAGGUGAUGAUGCGAUGGCGAUAUUUCUGGCUUUGUUGUAUGAAAAACACUACAAUGGACCGAAAUUGAUAGCACUGACUACAGGAAACGGCAACACAGACGAAGAUAAGGUGUUUAUAAACAACCAGAGGAUACUGAAGGUGGCUAAAAGGCAAGACGUACCAAUAUAUCGUGGUUCGAAAAGUUCUCUUGUGAAGACACCAAAAGUAGGUUUCUAUUAUGGCCAUGACGGUUUGGGAGAUAUAGGUGAAGAACUUACAGAUCUCGUUCCAGCUCAAACGGAAAAUGCUGUGAAUGCUUUAGUGAAACUAUCAGAAAUACACAAAGAUGAAUUGUCAGUGAUCACGAUUGGAACCCUGACAAAUGUAGCACUUGCGAUGAAACUAGAUCCAGGAUUUAUAGACAGGAUAGGACAUUUAUACAUUGGAGCUGGAUUUAUUCGCGACGAAGAAAAUAAUGAAGCAGAGUUCAAUGCCCACAUGGAUGUAGAAGCGUACCAAGUGGUUGUCCAAAAUGCUAAGCCUGAUAAAGUGACAUUCGUACCGUUUUCACAAGUUAAGAAGCACUUGAACUUAAGUCGAGAAUGGCGAGAAACAGUGCUAGGAGCAAUAGACACGGACAUAAUAAGGCACCAGAACUUGUACGAGCAAGUAUCCUUGAAGGUCAGCGACAGAUGGCAAGCACUAGACCCUGCUGUGGUGGCAGCAGUUGUCAAACAAGAUCUGGUUGAUGAGUACAAGUACUCUAAACACGGCAUCAUAUUGUGCGGUGACAAAAGAGGGUUCAACACGAAUACUUUUGUCAGCAAAAAUGAUGCCAACGCCAGAAUAAUUUAUUCACUGAGAGAAGAAGAGUACAAACAAUUUUUACUGGAUGUUUUCAAUGCAGAUAGGAGCAAACUUGACACGAGCACAAAAUGUGUGGACUGUUAGAUUAGUUAGUGCCACUGGUUGCAAAAAAGUCAAGAGGUUCUGUUACUAUGUCCGACAUAGGUACGUUGACAAUCUUACGACGUAAUGUUGCUUUGGAUAUUGACCUUUUUCUACACUAGCGACUCUAGCGGUGAAUUUAACAAAAAACAAUUGAAUUCGAAUUUUGAAAGACCAAGACCGGUUAGUUUGUAAUUAAGCGGCAUGUGAAUUUGUUUUUAUUUAAAACAUAGCAUUAGAUUUGGAAUUUAUUUAAAUACCAACGAACAACUCCUUUUAAAGUGUAUGUUAAAAAUAUACUACUCUAUCUAUUGAGAAAUAUUUCUUCUAUGAUAAAUGAGGACUACUUGACAUGAUAUUAUUUUGUAAAUGUAAAAAUAACAAUUUGAAUAUACUUAACUUAUGGAUUGUUUUUAUUUCUUUUUGUCAAAAUUAAGUACUACUAUUUGAAAAAAAAUGUACCUAUUUAGUUACAAGUUUAGACAAUAUUAAUAUUUGAGUUGUUUAAUUGACAUUACACGAAUACAAUAUCAAUAAUUACUUUGCGCACUAUCAAUCUUACUUUAGCAUAUAUUAUUCUUUUGAAAAUAUCUCCAGUAAAAACUCCUGAUAAUCUUGAUACUUUACUGAAUGAAGAAUCCGAACAUUGGCUUGAUCCUUUUCCACGUAAUCACUUCUAAUUAUGCCUCUAUUGUCACCUGUAACCACAAAAACAAUUAAUUUAUUAUGAUAGCGUAUUAAGAUUAAUAGUUACACAUUACCCGUAAAUGCUGAUAGUUUCGUAUUAUACUUUAUGUUUAAAUAAAACUUCAUAUAUUGAAAAUUUACUAGGUACAGUCUACAGCACAUUAACAUAUCCAAAUACAUUGCCAACUCGUCGCUAUUACCGCUCCAUAGAGGUUCAUGCAGGGUAACUUGAAGUGUUAUUUAGACUGUCCCUAUAUCGUCAGACGUAGACCGACCGAACCGAAAAAAUCGUCUAUAUAUGUGUACUUCAUUUUCAUCUAUUUCUGUCGCUAAAUCUACAACGCGCGUGUAAAACUUGUGAUGUUGUAGGCGUCUAUAGACCGCGGUGACAUCUCAUAUUUUGGAGUUGUACUAAAAAAUACGAGUAUCUCAUAAAACUAUACCUUCAUAAAACUUGAAAAUUUUUACUAUACCUAAAUAAAAUAGCUAUUUUAGAAAUAAUAAUAUACAUACAUCAGCUUGAUAUCUUACCAUGUAAAUGGAUGCUAUGCUUAGCAUAUCUAUAUUCUUGAACCAAAUCUGGCCUGAUAGCUACAGCCACAGUAGCGGGAUCCAAUUUUUGCCAUCUAUCACUCCUUUUAAGGGCAACUUGUUCAAAUUUAUUUUGUUCUUUUACAAUUUCUGUAUCUAUUGCUCCGAGAACUUGCAUUCUCCAUUGCUAGACAAAAGUUAUAAUUAUUUUAAAUAUUUUGGAGUAAGUAUCACAUUCUUUGCAGAGUGUGUUAUUUUAACUAAGACUUCAUCUGCUGCCUUACCUUAUUCCAGGAUCUCGAAUCGGCGUAAAGUAUGUAAUACUUAUAUCAGAUAUGAUUAAAGUUAACCAAAUAGUAUCUGACAAGACUUUUAAGACUCUCUCUAUUAUCUGUUUUCCCGAUUUCUUUAUGAGCAUCGAAGCCCAGAGUCUGCAUCCCACAUUUUCGUCUCCACUUCGCUUCAUUCCAUCUAGAGGCAGGGUGCAUAUGCGCUUGUGAACUUAAAAUUCAACCAGUAGAUUGUCAGCCAUGUUUCUUUUUAAUGUUUUCGUUUACCAGAAGCAAAUGCUAGAAGUGAUUGAAAAUUUAACAUUUGAACUAAAACUAUAAAAAUACUCAAAAUCACCUUAGGAAAAUCCAAUGAAUCCUUUAUUUGGGAGAACGGUACUAUAGUAACCUUUUCUGGGGUUGCGUUUCUUGCAAUAAUGUAAUAUGCUUCUGGAUCAGUCCUGGCGUUAAAUUCCUUUUCUGGAUGCUUUUCACCUAGAUUUAAAGUUCUAUAUAAUUUUUUAUCAAAUAUAACAUACAUUUAUCUUCACAAAUGUUUAUCUUACAAAAUAAAUUCUAUAUACUAUAUCUUUUUUAGUUCUUAUGUAUGAAAAACUUAAAAAUGGUUUUACAAUUGUUUGAUUUCCUCGAUACAGGCUUACCUAGUGGGGAAGUCGUAAAAUUUCAGCAAUGUACGUAUAAACCUUUUCUUGUUACCUUUUUUUUAUUGCAGCAAAUAUAUGCAUCUUUCAUUUUCAAUACUUCCUCUAUAUUGAACUUUUACUUAAUUUAUUAGAAUACCUAUAUAAAAUGCAAAGGUGACUGACUGACUGACUGACUGAUCUAUCAACGCACAGCCCAAACUACCAGACCGAUCGGACUGAAAUUUAGCAUGCAGGUAGCUUCUAUAAUGUAGGCAUCUGUUAAGAAAGGAUUUUUAAAAAUUCAUCCUCUAAGGGGGUGAAAAGGUGAUUCAAAUUUUGUAUGGAGAAACCAAAAGAGUCUAAAUAUUUCACUGAAGUGUCAAUCACGCGGGUGAAGCCGCGGGCAAAAGCUAGUUACAUAUAUAAAUAAAUGGUUUAUUCACAACAUAACUUACUGUGUAUGUGUCCAGCUCCAAUAUACAAAUGCUUUAGACGACCCAAGAAUCCGGGGUCUAAGGCAACAGCUAAACCGAUAUUUGUUACUGGGCCUAUAGUAAUUAUAGUGAGAUUUCCUGAAAUACAAUCAUGCAUUUACCUAUUUAUUAUUAAAGAUUAAUUUAUCACGUUCUUUUUAUGAGGUAUCAGAUCCAAAAGGUGCAAAACUCAAAAUCUACAAAAUCCUAGUUAAUAGCUAAAUAUUCUUCUCAAUUUUAAAUAUCAUUCAGUUCUUCUUGACCCUUUUCCCCUCUCAUGUGGGGUGGGCACUGUAUGUUUAUCUCGUUUAUUUAGCUAUUCCAGUUUCUCGUUUAUUUAAUAUAUCCAUUCCAAUACGAAUUCGUACUGAUACAUAUGUUAUGCAUUUAAAACAAAUUCUUUGAAAUAAUACCUUAUUAACUAAACUGAUAGAUUAUAUUUGUGUGAAUGCUCAAUUUGUGUGAUAUGUCCUAAUAUAUUAUUAUUUAUUUAUAUUUUAACCUUACCUUCAUACUUUUUUGAGAGAUCAAUAAGAAUUGCCACAGCAUUUUCACUCUUGGCCGGAACCAAACCUGUAACCAUCUCCCCACUGUCACCCAAACCAUCUAAACGGUAAUGGUUUCCAGCUGGUGAUGGUAUAACUAUCGCACUUUUGGACCCUCUAUAUAUUGGUACCUGUAAAUUUCAGAAUAUAUUUUCUCUCUCUCUCUAUCAUCUGAGAGCUUUCCCGGUUGCCACUCAGCGGCUGAGCGUCGAAAAUGUAUGUGUGUAUGUAUUUUUGUUAUUCUUUCACGCAAUAUAUAUUGGACGGAUUGGUAUGAAAUUUGGUACAUGGGUACAAUAUAACCUGAAAUAACAUAUAGGGUUACAUUUCAUCUCGGAAUUCCCACGGGAGCGAAUCUUCGGGGCGCGUAUUCAAAUAAACAUUUAAUGAAAAACUUGUUAAAGUGACUGAUUAAGAUAUGACUGGCAAGUAUAAAAUAAUAUGAAAACAAAGUAAAUAGUGCCACCAUCAUUAAAGUAUGGUCGAAAGGAUAUGGGCCUUAAAUAUGUGAAAAUACGUAUGUGAAACAACAAUUUUCAAGAUUUUAAUUAAUUUGUUUCGCUUUCUCUCUUCUUCUCUCUCUUUCUCGUGCUUCUGAAUUUAAAUUUUAUACAUCUAUGUCAUCUAUGGAGUACUAUAUGCACUAGGUAUCUACUUUUCUACGUUUUACAAUAAGAUAGAUAACUAUAAUAUUUAAAUUGCCCAUUAGAUGGCACUGUAACUAAAUAAAAAAAGGUUUAUUUACUUCCUGUCUCUUUGCAACCUUGAGUAUGCGUUGAUUGUUCUGACAAACAUUAUUUUCAUCUGUAUUUCCAUUGACUGUCGUCAAAGCAAUUAAUUUUGGUCUGUGAAAUAUAUAUAUAAUGUUAUUGUUGCUACAAUUUUCCAAAAAUCACAAGAAAAAGCGAAGAAUUUUCGUAACAUUCUCACUCUAAACAUUAUUGAUGUUUACAAGAUUUUAAGUAAAUACUGUGCUAAUAAUAAAAUAGCUACAUACCCAUUGAAA